UGGUGUCCAUAUCAGUGAUGAAAUUUCUCUAGUAAAAAUGUAUUAUAUUAUAAUAUAAUAUAAUUGAUCGUCAAUACUACAUCGAACACAAAGGCUUGUGAUCGCCAAGGUGAACCAUCGACCAAUCCAUAUUGGAGAUGCAAACCGACUGUCUCCUAUUUGCGCUUUGCAUUCUGAAAACGACAGUUCUCCAUUGCCAUGAUAACUCAAGCGAAUGCUUUAUGGAGAGUAUUCGACUAUCGGCGUGAGAACGGCUGCGCGAUUCACCAAGGGCCGCGGAGAUAGAAUGAAACGAACGCUUGCGAAGAGACUGGAUGUUGGAGACUUCAUCAGAACAUGCCAUACAAGACAGCAUAUCAACGAUUCACCAUUACAUGACAUGGAUAAACAUCCGUGGUUCAUAAUUAAUCAACCAAACGCGCACCUGUUCGGGAAGAAUCGUGGAGUAUUGCUGUCGGUCUGAGCAAUGGCUGCUUCAAGAAGAAUUCAUUUCACCGCACUCUCAAGCAAUGCACGCUUUCCUCUUCCCACCGUCCCCAAUGCCAGUGACCAGCCUGUCAAACAGGGUUUACCUGCACCGGCGCCAGCGGUUGGAUCGCCACCACCUCCGCAUCCUGCAACAAGAGUGGAAUUAAAUCUCUUCGAGUCGGAUGAACAACGCUGCCCGGAGUUUAGCUACCCGGAUUUGAUCCGCGCAAAAGAAACCGCUGAGAAAAAGAAACCACAAGCAUUAGAUGAAGUGGUGGAGGACAAGGAGAGAGAUGAACUGGAGGCGCUUGCAAAAAAGUUUGACGCAAAAUACGGUGGAGCUGGCAAAAGAAAAAAAGACAGGUUACAGGAUCUGGUGGAUAUGGGCUUUGGUUAUGAUGAAUCUGAUUCAUUCAUUGACAACUCUGAGGCUUAUGAUGAGCUUGUCCCAGCUUGUCUCACCACCAGAUACGGAGGCUUCUACAUCAACUCUGGAACUCUGCAGUUCCGUCCAGCCUUCGAUGAAGGAGAGGAGAACGAGAAUGAUUGUGAGGACAGCGGUUUUAAAUCUAAGAAACGAAAGCUUAAGCAAGGAAAAGACAAGAAGAUUGGGAAGAAAAAGAAAGAGGAAGACAUGCUUACUAGGAAGGAAGAGGAGGAAGCCAGAAAAAGCACCCCGCCAGACAAAUCAUCUGCAAAGAAGAAGAAAAACAAGAAGCCGCUAAGUAUCGAUAAGAUGCUGAAGAAGUUCCACAUGGAAAAGCUUCAGCAGCUGCAGAUGUUCAACGCUAGAGAGAGAGAUUGGCAUGCUCUCAAUGGCACCGUGCAAGCUGAGGUUCAAGAACCGCCCAUAUCAGCUGACCCUCUUCUCACACUCAUUGGUUCUGCCAGUGCAGAUGACCUCCUUCAGGCGGUCAAAGCAGCAGAGCAAGACUUUGACUUAGAUAGACUCUUAGGGGAGCCGCAGAACGUCUGCUCUCCAAGCCUGGAAGAUAACGGAGAGGCUCUGGUAGUGUCCGUCACUGAGAAACCCACUUCAUUACUUCCCGAUGGUCUGCCACCUACAUUAGAGCAACACAUUAAGGAACUUUCCCAGGCUGUUAAGGAAAUUGAAGGACAAAAGAUGGAGAUUUUGUCUUCAGAACUCAACAGUGUUCUACUAGAUGUGGAGGUGAACUCUAACCAGCUUAGUGGGAAAGUGCGCUCGAAAAAUAAUGAUGAACAGCUGCGGGAGCUGCUGAAGAAGCUAGAGAAUGCGGUUGCCAGGUCCAUGCCAGAACAGAUCACCCGUUUCCAGAAUCACUGCCAAGCUCACUCUGAAGCCAGAGCUGCUAAACUCGAGGCUGAGAAAGAGAGGGGGAUUGAUGGCUCUGAUGAAGAAGAAGAGGAGAGGAGUGGAAAACGAGUGUUUGGGCCUCGCAAGAGGUUCAGAUGGAAUGAAGAGAUCAGGGAGUUGCUCUUUGAGAUUGUCAAUUUGAAGAUGAUUAUUUAUGAUUCGGAGUCGCCCACAUGCUCUAGUUUGGAAGAGUAUCUGAAAGCAUUUCUAGAGGCUGAUGUUAAACCACUUUGGCCUAAAGGAUGGAUGCAAUCCAGAAUUCUGCUUAUAGAAACCCGAAAAGCACAUGGCCACAUCACUGGUGUUGUAGCAAGGAAGAAGCCAAUAGGUACAACAAAACUAAAAAAGGUCAGCGCCGCCCCAAAGGACAGUAAGAAUAACCCAGAAAUUCAGGGCUCACCAGCACUGAAACGCAAACGCCUGAGUGUACCUGUGAGCAUGCAACCUGAAGCCACGCUGAGCACCACUGCCAAAACGCCAUCAAACACACAAACAUCUGCCACCUUCUCCACCCAUCCAUCUAAUCAGAACCACAAGGAAGGUAACAAGAUUGAGAACCAUCAUACCAGCACUCAGAGAAGUCCAGUGACCGCAGAGGGAGCUGGGUCAGUCCAGAUGAUGUGGACCAGGUCUGUUAUGGAUUCAGAUUCAAAGCGGCUCCAGACUGGAGAGAGGGCGACUCCAAAACUGACGCUGGUGGCGCCGCCAGAUGGUGCUGAGGGUGACUGUCCAUCGGUGGUGCAGGGAGUGGCCAGGCUGCUCACUACAACCUCAGUGGGUGACACACCGGUUUCUAUGGCAGCAGCAGCUGGUGAGAUCUCCUGUGGAAACCCAGCGCUUCCCACUCCUUCUCUAUCGCUCCUUCCAUCCUCCUACCCCACCACAGUACAGCUGGGUGUUUUACCAAGCUUUGCCCCCCUGCAUGCUCUCCCGUUCCCUGGGCUCAGCCCUGGCACCAAACUCCCUGGACAGCCUCAGGCCUGCAAUGGAGCUGUUUUUCCUGGCCCAGCAACUGGAACUUUCCAGCAUGGUCUCGCACACGGUAACUCCAUGCUGUGCUCUAGCACGCUUCAUCUUCUGUCUGUCCCUGUUUCUUCUCCUGCUCCUCUUCAUUCUUUAACACCAUGGCUCUUUGGUUUAGAUGGAAGCCAGAUCCACACAGAUGGUCUAAACGCUCGGAGAAAACUACAUUAAUGCCCAUUAGAAUGAAAUGAAAGAUGGCUGUUACCUAAAGCAAACUUUGCUACUUUUCGUAAGAUUAUGAAGACUGAGCUGAUAUGACUGAACAUGGAUUUGAAUUCUAAUUUAAAAGAGCAGAUUAGGAGACAUCUCGUUUGUAUAUUUUAGAAUCAAAUCUCUUUCAAAACGAAUGCUUUUGGAGAAAAAAUGCUUUUGGAAUGAUUUGGAGAGAAAAAACGCACUUAUUGAGAAUGGAUGUAAGGACUAUAAUUUAAGUCUUUUGUUUUUCACAGUAUUGAUUAUAAUUUGAAUGAUAUGACCAGCCAUGUGACCUCAGUGUAGUGAUAUGCACUUGUAAUGCACUUAAUUUCAACUUCUAAGGCGGAUACUUGAGUAAAUUCUUCUGUAUUCAUAUACCUUCUUAAUUGCCAUUUCUCUCUCGUAGAGGUGAUCUACCAGUGAAGAUCCACAAUCCUAACUUAUUUAUGAAAUGAAACUAAACGAACGAUAUUAAAUUCCAGGUGGUGUGGGUUUCCACACUACAGUGUUAUUUUCAAAUACAUGUUUGCAAUGAAAAUGUAAAGGAGCUCAGAAUCUGUUGUAAUAGUCGAAGAAGCCAGAGACUGCACUUUUUCUUGUUUUGUUGUUGUUGUUGGACUGGGUAAUCCAAAUGAUGCCAGUGUAAUGAUCUCAGGGCUGUUUAAGUACAGUGGCCGCUUAAACAGUGCACUCGCUUUUGUUUUUGAACAUAUUGAAAAAAUAUUUGAAGGUAUAAUGUGGAAAUAA